UUCUAUUUGCUGAAGGCUCUUGAUACGAACCACCCUACUCCCGUGACUACACUUUGUUUGCUGAAGAGCAAAUUGAAGCAAACAAGGUGGCAAUUCGAGAAAGAGCAAAACUUCUUGAAUCAGUCCGGAAGGAAAAGGAGUUCGAGAGGAGAUUAUGCGAAGGAUCAGAGAUGAUGCAGAAAAUGCUGGACGACUUUCAAAGAGAAAGACUAGAAGCUGAGUCUAAAGCCGAUAAAUUAGUCAAUGAUCUCUGCAAGGCUGUUGAACUUAAACGCUCCCUCCAAUCUCAAGAUCAAAUGAGGGAGAUUAAUGUUCAAAAAGAGGCUCUAGAACCUAAGACCAACCCUGAACCAUCUAACCAUCAGGUUCCAGUUCUAGAAGAUUCACCCAGACCAACACUACCACAGAAACCCGAGAGCAUAACAACUCUCGCUAGGGCUACUGUGGUGAUGCCUAGCCAAGUCCUAGCCAGCAUAGUCGUACAAAAGGUGGAACCAACUGAGGGAACUGACUUAGAACCACCUAUGCUUAGUCAAGAAAAGGAGGAGGAAGUUUUGCCUCUAGCAAUAAACGACCAUCUCCUUAAUUGUGUUGAACACACACCUCGAGAGAAACCUGUUCUGGAGGAAGUAGAGCCCGUUACCUGCCCCCAAGAUACCAAUGUCCAAGUGUCUGAGCAGGAAUCUAUAGACGAGGAAUUACUUUGCAUGGAAAAGCCAACUCCGUUUAUAGAAACCUGUGUAGAUAAUGCUUCAUCUGAAGAUUCAGACCAAACCUUCUUUGACUCCCUACUUGAUGGGUGCGACUUUUUCUGCCCGAAGGAUAGUUGGAGCCAAAAGAGUUGGGAUGAACUUCUGGUAAGUGACACUGAAGACUCAUCCAUGGGGGAAAGCACGGUCGUAAUCAUCAAACCACAAUUGGAUAGUCUGCCCAUUGAAGACAAAGAAGAAAUCAAUCUCGCUAUAAAGGCAAAUGAUGUGGAUCAUCUGAGGAGACUUCCGCCACCACCAAUCAAUACAAAGUCUCCUCCUAUAUCCUGUUGCCACCAAGCCGCAGGGAUGAGUCAAGGAUCCUGGACCUUGACCAAGCAAUAAAUCAAACAAGGUGGUAUCAGAAGAGAGUCAAAAAA